AUAAGCUAGAGGCACAGCACACGAAAGCACUCACGUAGUCACGUGUUUCAACGUCCCAAUGGCUGACACGGCCACCGCCCCGCUCCUAGCAAACCACAGAGCCAAGCUGGCGAAGGCACCGUCGAUCGACGACACGAUCGAGACGUACAUGGGUACCACCGGCGCCGGGCAGCUCCUCAAGGCCGUCCUGCUGGCCUUCGCUUGGGCCUUCGACGCGCAGCAGGUGUUCAUCUCAGUGUUCACCGACGCCGAGCCGUUGUGGCACUGCACCGGCGGCGACGCGUCGUGCUCGUCAGCCGCGGCCUCGCCGUGCGCGCUCCCGGCCGGUGCGUGGGCGUGGGACCGCCCGGCCGUGACAUCGGUGGUCUCGGAGUGGUCACUCAAGUGCGCCGGCCCGGCGCUCGUCUCCCUCCCAGCGUCCUCGUUCUUCGCCGGCUGCCUCGCCGGCGGCUUCCUCCUCACCACACUCGCCGACUCGCUCCUGGGCCGCAGGAAGAUGCUGCUCACAUCCAUAGUGACCAUGUCCGUCGCCGGCGUGCUCACCGCCUUCUCGCCGAACGUGUGGGCGUACGCCGCCCUGCGUUUCGUGUCCGGGUUCGGCAGGUCCAUGGUGGGCACGUGCACGAUGGUCCUAUCCACGGAGCUCGUGGGGAAGAAGUGGCGCGACACGGUGUGCGUGGCCGGGUUCUUCUGCUUCACCCUCGGGUUCCUCUCGCUCCCGGCGCUGGCCUACACGUUCCGGGACGCGUCUUGGCGGAACAUGUACCUGUGGACGUCCAUACCUUCCCUCUGCUACUCCAUCCUCAUCUACCUCCUCGUCCAGGAAUCUCCACGGUGGCUGCUGGUGCGCGGCCGGAAGCAGGACGCCAUCGAGACGCUGCAGCAGAUCGCGUCGCUCAACGGCAACAGCAUCACGUCCAGCUUCUCCAUGCUGCACGCCUGCACGAUGCAAGCUGACGCGGCCGGGACGAGCGGCGGUAGUGACAGCAACAGCGUGUUCGCCACGCUGCGCUCGAUGUGGGAGCGCCCGUGGGCGCUCCGCAGGCUGGCGGCGAUCAUGACGGCCAGCUUCGGCGUCGGCACGGUCUACUACGGCAUGCCACUCAACGUCGGCAACCUGGGCUCCAACCUGUACCUGAGCGUCAUGUACAACGCGCUGGCCGAGCUGCCGUCCUCCAUCCUCUCGUGGCUCCUCAUGGGUAGGAUCAACCGGCGGAGCUCCGUGAUCGGGCUCACCGCGGUGGCCGGGCUGUGCAGCCUAGCGUGCGUCGUCAUCCCGCAGGGCGCGGCGAGGAUGGCCGCCGAGCUGGUGUCCUUCUCCGCUACGUGCACCGCGUUCAAUGUUAUCAUGAUGUACUCCAUCGAGCUCUUCCCCACGUCCGUGCGCAACUCCGCGGUGGGGCUCGUGCGGCAGGCGCUCGUGCUGGGCGGCGUGGCGGCGCCCGUGCUCGUCGCGCUGGGACGCCACAAGAGCUUCCUCUCCUUCGGCGUCUUCGGCCUCCUCAUCGGCUGCUUCGGGAUGUUCGCCGCAUGCCUGCCGGAGACGAGGGGAAAGGCCAUGUCGGACACCAUGGACGAGGAGGAGCAAAAGGAGGCGGCCGUCGCCAACUGCACAGUCGACGACAUGGAUAGUACUUGUGGCGACCUUGUGUAAUGUCAUUAAACACUUCACCAGAAACCUCCGGAGCUUGUUUUCUUCAGAAACUGUAUAUGCAUCAAUGCAUGGUAGCACUCAGAUUUGACGAUGCUCAAACUACAUGGAACGUCAAUGGCCAUGCA